UCCAAGGACGGCGGAUGCAGGUACCACUGAACGUCCGACCAGAGCAAAAUAAUGGUCGCUCUAAGGAUGUCUCACCGGACGCGGCUGUUAGUCUCAGCGAGUCAACCUUGACAUCUGAUGAACAUGUUACAAUACGAUAGUACACGCACUCCCGGGCUGUGCCGCCUUGGGCUCCAAGGCUAAAUAGCCGAGCACACUUUCCAGUGCCACACGUUUUUAGAAUGCCAGGAUUCAAUCAUGUCGCGUUGGCGCGACAUGCACACGCCCUGCUGCUAGCUUUGCAGCAAGUCCAGGGCAGGGCUCCAGCAGGCGGACGCCCGGUGCCGCCCUUGCUACACGAGCAUAUUGAGCCGCUUACAGCCGCUUUGGAAAGGCUUGGCGAGCAGCUGACCCGCGUGGGCGGCGACCCGCUCCUCGCCAAUGCUCACACCGAUGGAGCGGUGCGCAAAGGGGACCUGACCAACCUGGUCAAGUGGUGGCAGGACGGCCGCAUCGCACAGCUGCUGGCGCGCGUGCUUGGCCUGGCGGUUCGCGACCUGGCAGCGCUCUAUUGCAAAGCGCCCGGCGGCCCCGCAGCCGCCCCGUCCGCCUCCCCCUCGCGCGCCGUCUCGCGCAGCGUGUCGCGUGCCGCGUCCGUGCGCUCCUACGCCGGCGGCUGGGCAGACACGGACGCAGCACGAGCGCUCAAGGCGCAGGCGGCGUACGAGUCCUUUCUGAGCAGCGGCAAGGCGCAGCAGUGCGCGGCCUCAGUGGCUGUGCUGCACGGCGUUCUGCGGGUGGUGGUGGCGGCGGUGCAGCUGCUGCGCACGCGGCCGGCGUCGUCGCUGUUCCCGCCGCCGCCGCUGCCGCCGCCGCCGGAGCCGGAAGAGAGCGACGAGGCCGCGGCGGACCAGGGGCAGGGCCAGGGGCAGGGGCAGAGCCCUGGGCAGGGUAAGGCCUCCCCUGGUGGCAAGGGCUGGGGCAAGGGCCAGGACACAGCCAAGGGCAAGAGUCAAACCCCUGCCCAGGGCAACGCGGCCAAGGGACUGCCGGAGGAGACAGACCAGGUGGGGGAGCAGCCGCCGGGUCACCUGACACUUAUGGAGCAGGCAAAGUGGGUGGCGGGAAACGCCUUCCGCAAGCAGCUAGCGGACAGUGACGAGGAGAAGGACAGGGACAAAGCCGGCGGCCGUGGCACGCGUGAUGGCGCUGCCGAGCCCGCCGCCGCAGCAGCAGUAGCAGCCAAUCUCAACGCCACGGCAAACCGUACCUCCUCGACGCCGACGCUGCCGCCGGCGCCCGGCGCCAAGCCGGUGCAGGCCACGCGGCGCAAGCCGCGCGCCGGUGCAGGCGCCAAGGCCGGCGGCGAGGGAAGCGGUGACGAGGAUUCGGGCGCAUCGCCGCGGCCCGAAGAGGUCCGCUACGCCAAGCUGGUGGCGCGGCACCGAAAUGCGGAGCGCCUGUUUCUUGGCUGGAGCGGGCUGCAGGAUGCGGUGCUGGACCUGCUGUGCAACAGCACGCUGCUGGUCAACCUGACGGAGCUGCUGCGGCACGCCGCGCCGCUGCUGGCGCUGCCCGCCGUCGGCGCGCCGCAGCCCGGCGGCGCCGCCGGCGUGGCCGCCGCGCCGCGCGUCGCAGCGCUGUACCGCCAGGCCUGGUCGGUGGUGCCGCUGGUGGCGGCGCUGGUGCAUUCGUGUUCCGCCGCCGCGGCGGUGUCACUGCCGCCGCCUGCGGCGGUGGCGGGGCCGUACGGCGCGGUGGCGGUGGCGCCCGCGGCGGUGGUUGAUGCCCGGUCGGCUGCGGUGCUGCUGUCGGCGGUGGGCGGCAGUGGCGUGAUGCCGCAGUGCUGUGACGCGGUGCUGUCAGUGUCACGUGCGGGGCUGGCGACACAGGCUGCGGCGAAGCAGAGCGUUGCCGCUGCGGCUCAGCAGCUGCUGGCGGCCGGCGUGCGCCUGUGCGGCGUGGUGGAUGCGGCCGGCGGCGCCAAGGGUCUUCAGCAGUUGCAACAACAGCAGCAACAGUCAGCGCAGCAGCAGCAGCUGCAGGCUUCACGAUCGGAGGCAAACGGCAUGGCAGCAGAGCCUCCGACGGCGGCGGAGCAGCAAGGGCAGCAGGCAGGCACAGAGGUGGGCGACGCUUCAGCAGCGGAGCCGGCGUUGGAGACGCAGCAGGCGGGGACCAGCGGCGGCGAGGUAGCACCCCAGACCGGCAGUGCAGGAGAUACAGACUCGGGCGUGGCGCUGACGUCCGCAAGCGGCGAGAGCGGCGCCGAUGCGACGCCAGACAGCGCCACCGCUGGCACUUCUUCCGGUGACGCUGCUACAGCUGAGGCCUCCACCCCAGGCGUCGCCGCCGCCGCAGCCACCACCGCCCCCAGCGCUGCUACGGGCGCGGCGUCGCAGUCCAGCGAAGGCGCUGCGUCUCCGACGCCGCCACCGCCGCCCGAAGCCCUGCCAGUCAUGGGUGUGUUGGUAGCAGCGGCUUUGUUGAAGGAGCCUGCGGUGCAGUACUUCAUUGCUGAGCGACAAGCCAGUGCCGUAGCGCAGGCCUACUACGACAUCGUUGCCGCAGCUGGCGGCCCCGGUGGCGGCGCGAUCACGCCCGCCGCGCUGGCGGUGGCGCUCAAGUCGUCUUGGGCGGUUGCAGAGGAGAUUGGUGGCGGCGGCGGAGCCGGCCCGGCCUCACCGGGUGCGGGGCAACAGAGCGCGCAGCAGGCCGCGCAGGCUUCUGGCGCCGUCUCGGUCGUGGAUGUGCUGGAAGCGGCUCGCGGCUGCGGGCUGGACCUCUUGCCGGUACCUGUGCUGCCGUGGGCGGUGCCUGUGGAGGCGGCGACGGCAGCGGCAGAUGGCGCGGCAGCAGGGGCGGCGGCCGCUAGCGGCCGCAACGCGGCCCAGACCAUCGCCGCCGCCACGGCGAGCUUGCGCGCGGCGUCAGCGGGUCCAGGUAGCGCCGGCGGGAUGGGCGCGCUCGCGGCGGCGCGGCGGCGGAGGGAGGGCACCGGCUCCGCACCGUCCUCCGCGCACGGUUUACACUCGGCGGCGCCGCUGCCGUCACCCGGCGCCGGCGGGGGUGGUGGCGACGGCACGACCAAGCUGCCGCCGCUGCGUGCCCCGAUUAAGGUGGUGGACUCGGAGGGCCGACGGCGGGAGCUGGCACGUGCGGCGCGGGCCGCCGAGCUCGCUGAGAAGGAGGCGCAGCUGGUGGCGUUGGUGCGAGCUACAGCCCUGGGCUGGCAGGCGAUGCUGAGCAGCAGCAGCAGCAGCAACAGCAGCGGCAGCGGGGACGCGGCAAGGGGCGCAGGGCAGCCUGACAGCGGGACCAGUGCGGGGAGCAACGCCGAGUCGAUUGAAUCGGAGCGAGGAGGCGAGGGCGGCGGCGCGCGGGAGGGCGAGGGUGGAGUUGCCGACGGAGGCCGCCCCGGUACGCCGGCGGGCCACGUGCCCAGUGCCAGUCGGGCAGUGGUGCAGCUCUUGUCGGCCGCCGCCGUCUGCCGCGCCGUCAGCAGCGGCGGCGGCAACCCCGCCGCCGCCGCGGCUGCCGCCUCCAGCGCCUCCAGCGCCUCCUCUUCACCGGCGGCGGUGGAGUCUCCAGACGAGGCCGUGGCAGCGUUGCUGGCGGCGCUGGUUGGCAACGCGGCGGCGGCAGAGGCGCUGUGCGCGCCGUCGGAGCGAGGUGCGCUGCAUGACCAGUCGGCGUCACUGCUGCGGUCGGUGCUGGCGACGGCGCAGGAGCUGCUGACUCGCAGUGGGAGCCCGGACGUUUCCACUCCUCUGGUGGCUGUGGCGGAGGCGUGCCUGACCUGGGUGGCGGAGGCGGAGGUGCUGAGGGAGGCGGAGCAUGCGGCACUGGAGCACCGGUUGGAAGGGAUGCAGCUGGCGGGGGAGGAGGCGGAGCUUGCCGCGGCGGAGGCAGGGCACGAGCAGGACACGGAGAAUGGAUAUGAAGAGGAGGAGGAGGCGACAGAGGGCGGAGAGGAUGGGGAUGGGCGGAGCAAGGAGGAGCGGCACGUGGCGGCGCUGCACGCUGCGGCGGCGGCGCGGGAGGGCAUGGCGCGCCUGGCAGCGGCUGCGCGGGACGCGGCGCGUCUGGCAGCGGGCGUGGCGCUGUGUGAGGGCUGUAUGCGCUUCCUUAUGGCGCACCACCAACACAUGGUGACCACGCUGGUGCGGGCGGGGCUGCUGCGGCCCGGCCUCAAGCUACGUGAGCAGCACACGCGCCACGCACAGCUGCUGCAGCGGACGCUCGCGGGCCUUGCGAGCCUCGCCGGUCGCACCGCCGCCGCGGUGGCCGACGCCCAGAACCUGCCCGCCACACUGGCGGCAAGCUCCAGCAACUCUACCAGCGGCGCCGCCACCGCCGUUAGCGGACCUGAUGCAGGCGUUGCACGCGCGCACGCGCUCACCGGAACCGCAAUCACCGCUGCCUACGCGCCCGUCAGUCGCGCGCUUCACAGUGCGUUGCUCAGUGUGCGCAAAUGCCUGGCUGUGGCGGCGUCACAGCUGUCGUUGGGAGGCGAUGGCGGCGCCGCCGCCACAACGCCGGCGCUUGGGCUGGAGACGGUGCCGGAAGUGGCGGCCGCGCUGUGCGCCUUUCCCGGCGCCCUAGCAGCGGUGCUGCUGCCCGCGCACGAGCUGGCGGCGAUGCGGGGGAGCGCCAGCGGCGACGCCGACGGCAAGGCAGUGGCGGCGGAAGAGGAGGAGUCCGAAGACGACGCUGAAGAGGACGAGGAGGAAGACGAAGAGGAGGAGGAGCCGGAUGUAGGAGAGGAGGAAGAAGACUACGAGGGAGGGGAGCCGGCGGACGCUGAGGUGGUGGUGGAGGCGGAGGGGAGCGCGGGUCUGUACCCCUGGGGCCUGGAGCCAAUCGUGGAGGCGUCCGAGCGCAGCCUGGCAUCCUCCUCCAUCCGCAGCCCGUCUGCGCCCAGCAUGCAGCGCCCCAGCGGCAACGCCGCGAACGGGUACCAGUCAAACCCGCGGCGCCCCGACCGUGACACGAUUGAUGAAGAGGUGGAGGAGGUGGAGAGCGAGCCCGUGUCGCCGCCGGGCGGCUUCAAUCCCGGCGUGCCGAGCAUGUUCUCCGAAGCCUCCGGCGGCGCAGCCGCCCCUGCCGCCAGCGCCGCCAACGGCUCGUACGGAACGGCUGGAAACCCGGGAAUCAAGCCCGGAGCCCGGAUGCCCAAGAAGUCUGCGAGCCAGCGGCAGCGUGCCGCGAUGGAGAAGGCAGCGGCCAAGGCCAAGGCGAAGGAGGAGGCGCGCGUGGCGCGGGUGCUGGAGAAGCAAAAGAAGCGCGCGGCGGCGCGGGCAGCCAAGGCGCAGAAGGUCACAAGGACCGUGCCGCCACUGGCACGUGCUGUGGCGUCCGCGUCGCUGCACACCGCGGUGCCCGCCGCGUGGCGCGUGUACGUGUUGAUGCUGUUGCAGCUGGCGCGUGCAGAGCAGGAGGCGGCAGCCGCCCGCAGGGCGGUCGAGGCGGCGGCCGCGUCCGCGGCUUCCACACAGGCUCCGCCGAUUGCUAAACCGGCGCAGCCGCCCAACGCCGCUGCCUCUUCCGGCACAGCCACCGACGCAGCCACCACCAGCAACAGCAGCGAUGACGCAAGCAAGAGCGCGCUGUCGGCGGCGCAACGGGGUGCGCUGGCACGUGCCACCACGGGUCUGUGGGACCUGCUGCACGUGCUGCUCACCAUCACGCGCUCCGGCCUGGGGUCCUGGCCCGCCGCUGCCUUUGCGCUGCCGGCGCCGCACGAGGCAGAGCUGCGCGCAGCCAUUGCAGCGCUCAGCGGGCCGCCGCCACCGCUGCCGCAGCAGCAGGUUCAGAAGGUGGCUGGAGGAGCAGGCAGCGCAGCCUGUGGUAAUGCUGAGGGUGGUGCUCGCGAGGGCGAGCAGUCAGAGGCGCCGGCCGCAGCGGCCGGCGAGGGGCUUGAAGGGACAGCAGACGAGGCAGCCGACGCUGCUGACGCGGCAGAGCUGGCGGCAGCAGAGGCCGCCGCGGCGGCAGCAGAGGCCGAGGCCCAGGCAGCGGCGGCGGACGCCGCUGCAGCGGCAGCGGCGGUGGAAGAGGAGCAGCGCAACCCGCCGCUGGCGCGGUGUGUGCCGGAGUGGCGCGAGGCGGUGAUGCUGGUGGAUCAGGUGUUCAGCAUGGCGACGGCCUGGGCGGAGCUGCAGGCAGCUGAGGGCUCCUUCCUCACGUUGCACGCCGCUGGCACUCUCAGCGGCACUGUGCAGCGGGGCGGCGGCGCCGUCAGCACGCAGGCCAGCACGCGCAUGGGCCCCUUCGGUCCGGGGCCGCCAAUGCCCAUGCCCAGUGUCGACGGCGACUUUGGCGCAGGCGAGCUGGCGGAGCCGCCGUCAGCUGCGGAGCUGCUGCGCUCAUUCCUGAAAAGCGACGGCCGUGGCAUCGGCAGCAAGAGCUUCCGGCUCCGCAGCCGCGCCGCAUCGGCGGCGGCGCCGCCGCCGCCGUCUGGGCCGCCUGUGCUUAUCCUGAAUGCUGCGGAGGCGGAGCGGAUAAUGGCAGGUGGGCUGCCGCGCGCCGGCGGCCCGGCGGCGCCGGCGGCGGCGCCGCUGCAGGCGAUGCCUGGCGGCUGCGGCUACCCGGGCUGCACCAGCUUGGCGGGCGCAAGCGAGACCGCAACGGGGCGUAACGUAGUGUGCGCGUGUGAGCGUGUCGCGUAUUGCAGCACUGCCUGCCAGGUGGCGGACUGGAACGAGCGGCACUUCGGGCAGUGCAAGCUGCGGCGGCGGCUAGGGCAGUCCGCGGCUGCGGCGGGUGCCAUGCAGGCGGCGACAGGGGCGGGGGCAGGGACGGCGGCGGCAGGGGCGAUGAACGGCACGGCUCUCACGGCGCAGGGCAGUGUCAUGAGUGGGCGGACCUCGCCACCGCUGGUGGCGGCGCCGGGUGUGAGUGUUGGGUCGGGAACGGACCUGGUGUCGAUGCGGCCGCCUCGCGGUGGCGCCGGCGGGCGGCGGUGUUAAUGUGCUGGCUGUUAUUAUGAGAUACAGAAGAGGCGUUUCUUGUGAGUUUUGUUCUAGUCAAGAGCUAAGGAAGUUGCUUGCAGGGCUGUUGGCUAGACUGUACUCGGGUUUGGCUGUAGCUAGCACUUGAGUAGUGGCGUGUGCGUAGGGGAGAUGUGUGAGGCGGAAGCAGUUGAGGCGGCAUUGCCUUGUCAGGAUCAUGAGUAGGUGGUU